GUGGAAACAGUCAGUCAACAAACGGCACGCCACAACGUACAAACGGACAAAUCGUACAUUAUUUUUUGGGUUUUCAUACAUUGCAUUCGCAGUUACCGGUAACGUGGUAUUCGCGUCAGUAAAACAAUAUUAUGAAGACACACGUCGUACUGGGUUUGGCAGCCCUCGUGGCUCUGGCAGCGUGCUCAGAAGACACUUCCGGCGCACAACGUGACCAAGUCAAGGACAACGACCACUUGUCCAACAAGCGGAGCAUCGGCGAGGAAUACAGCGGGGCCGAUUACGGCAAUGGAGCCGAAGCUUACGGCCCGUCCGCCAUCGCGGCUGCCCCCGUAGCGGCGUCCACCGGUUACGCCGAAGCCGCCCCUGCCGUCGAUUAUGCCGCAGCCGCCCCUGCCGUCGGCUACGCCGCAGCCGGUCCAGUCGCCCUGUCUUCCGGAUACGCAUCGGCGUACGCUCCGGCAUAUGCCCCGGCAUACGCUCCGGCUUACGGCCAGACUUACGGUCAUGCUUACGGUCAGGCUUAUGGUCAGGCUUACGGCCCCGAACAGAUCGUCUCGCAGCACGUGGAAGUGCACCGACCGGUGCCGGUGCCAGUGUACAGGACCGUGGCCGUCGGCGUGCCGCAACCGGUGCCAGUGCGAGUGCCGUACCCCGUGCCAGUGAUCAAGACCGUGGCGUAUCCCGUAGAGAAACCGGUGCCGUACCCAGUGGACAAACCUUACCCGGUGCACAUCGAGAAGAAAGUGCCCGUGGCAGUGCCCAAGCCCAUCUAUGUGCCAAUCUACAAAAUCAAAAACAUUUACCACGAGCCCAAAUGGCUGAAAUGGUUCAGCGAAUGGUAGAGAUACCAGAGCGCCUUGCAAAUAUUGUUCAAUCUGUUAAUAUAAUAUGUAAAUAAUAAUAUUAUAUAAAUGGCCACUACUAUGAUGUUAUAGUAUUGGCGAUUGUGCUGUGACGGUACAACUGAUGUUAUAAUUUGACUGACCAUACUGUACGAGUUACUAGCUUCGUGUACAUAAUAUUACUUCUAUUGUUACAACCAAUUUUAUAAAAAAUUUGUUAAAUAGUAUGUACGUCCGAAAAUAAAAUAAAAAUGUUUUUCUUAA